GCUAAUAUUUAUCCGUACAAGUUAUGCAAAUAACUAAAAAAUAAUAUUACUCAUUUUAUUAUUAUUUUUUUUAGUUCUAUUUUACAUCCUAUUUGAAUAAGUGCCAAAAUUUAAAAAUCUUACUAAAUAGAAAAAUGAGGACCGUGUGUAAUGAAUCUGAUCGAUCAGUGUUUAAUGACUACGAAGAAUCAAUAAUAUUCGAUGAAGAUGAUCCUGAUUUUAGGCCUAGCGGCGAUUUAGAAUGCAGUUGCGACAAAAGUACUGUUGAGAAUACUAACAAGAUGUCAGUUACUAGUGUCCAAUCAAUGAACAACCAAAGCUUGAUGAACAUUAAUGACAAAAUGCUUGAUAACAUCGAUCUAGUUGGUGAUAUUGAGCAGGCAGUAACUCUAGAAGAGCUCAAAGAAGUCUUUAAAUAUUGUUUCCGUUGUGGAGUCAACUGGGAGCAACGACACGUUUCAUUAGAUUGCUUAGAAUGCGGUGGAUAUUCCCUUGAGAGACCUUGUCCUAUUUGUGCUGGCCACUGUCGAAACAUUUGGAAACGUGAUCUCGAAGAAUCUCAUAGAAGUGGUGAGGCGAGUUGGAUAGGAGAAUGCUCCUCAAAAUGUAAAGAAUUGGAGCAUGAUGUCAAUCAGAUAUGUAAUAGACUCGAAAAAGUUAAAGCUACUUUUUGAGCCGUGAGAGAUAGAAAUCUUAAACACAACUGAGUAAAUAUUGAAAAGAAUCUAGAUUAAGUGUAUCACUUUUCUAAUAAUUAUAAUUUUACUCAGUAUA